CCGAACGCAGGGUCCGCACUCUCUUCCCGUCCGGCGAGAUUUAUAAAGCCGAGAACUCAAAAUCUCCGGGCAAUGCUAAUACCCAGGCUCCGAUUGGGAAGCGCCAUGGCCGGCGCGACCGUGUUGUUGUCGAAGAUCCGAUCGAGGUCCCCUGCCGUGAGCCCCUGCUUCUCGCUUGGCUCAUCGAACGGUUCGGUUCCUCUCGGCGGCGGCGGCGGCGCCAGGGGCCGCGUUCGCUUCUCCGGCGGCUUCGCUCGCGUCUCGCUUCGGUGUUUCGCUUCUUCGCCCUCGUUCGAUAGGAUCCAGGUCAGGAAUCCGAUCGUCGAAAUGGACGGUGAUGAGAUGACAAGGAUCAUUUGGAGCAUGAUUAAAGAAAAACUUGUGUUCCCUUAUCUGGAUUUGGAUAUUAAAUAUUACGACUUGGGGAUAUUGAAUCGGGAUGCGACUGAGGACCGAGUCACUGUAGAAAGUGCGGAAGCUACUCUCAAGUACAACGUGGCUGUGAAGUGUGCUACAAUUACCCCUGAUGAGACUAGAGUCAAAGAAUUUGGCUUGAAGUCUAUGUGGAGGAGUCCCAAUGGCACAAUCAGAAACAUCUUAAACGGCACUGUGUUUCGUGAACCAAUCCUCUGCCGGAACAUUCCCAGAAUCGUUCCUGGUUGGAAAAAACCCAUUUGUAUUGGUAGACAUGCAUUUGGUGAUCAAUAUCGUGCUACCGAUGCCGUUAUUAGUGAGGCAGGAAAGCUCAAAAUGGUAUUUGUCCCAGACAAUGGGAAUACCCCAAUGGAACUCGAUGUUUACCAUUUUAAAGGUCCUGGUGUAGCCCUUGCAAUGUAUAAUGUUGAAGAGUCCAUUCGAGCCUUUGCUGAGUCAUCAAUGUCUAUGGCACUUUCGAAGAAAUGGCCUCUCUACCUGAGCACCAAAAACACCAUUCUAAAGAAAUACGAUGGCAGAUUUAAGGACAUAUUCCAGGAGGUAUAUGAAGAGAAGUGGAAGGACAAGUUCGAGGAACAUUCGAUAUGGUAUGAACAUCGUCUAAUUGAUGACAUGGUCGCUUAUGCACUAAAAAGUGAUGGUGGUUAUGUUUGGGCUUGCAAGAACUAUGAUGGAGAUGUGCAGAGUGAUUUACUUGCUCAAGGAUUUGGCUCUUUGGGUCUCAUGAGCUCUGUCCUGUUAUCCUCUGAUGGAAAGACUUUGGAAGCUGAGGCUGCUCAUGGGACUGUAACUCGCCAUUUUCGUCUACAUCAGAAGGGUCAAGAAACUAGUACCAAUAGCAUUGCUUCUAUAUUUGCGUGGACAAGAGGAUUACAACAUAGGGCUAAACUAGAUAACAACGACAAGUUAAUGGAUUUUGUUCAAAAAUUGGAGGCCGCAUGUAUCGAGACCGUGGAGGCUGGAAAAAUGACCAAGGAUCUUGCCAUCUUGAUCCAUGGACCAAAGGUCACUAGGGAGUUCUACUUGAACACGGAAGAAUUUAUUGAUGCUGUCGCACAAAAUCUGGAGGCAAAGUUGCGGGAACCAGCGCUUGCCUAAAAGUUGAAUCAUACAUUGUCCGUGUGAGAUAUUUGUCGGGAAGUUAGCAUUUUUGUCGGACAGACAGACAUUCAUUGCCACAGUCAAAGCAACUACACUUAGGCACAGGUAAUUACUAAAACAAGUUAAUUGAUGUGAAAUGAAAAGCAAAGCAGAGGCAAUUUUUGUUCCUACGCGGACAAAGGCAAUCAGAGUGCACAUUAUGACGAGGAAUAACGCAUUCUGACCUGCGUCGUUUUGGCGGUCUCGAAGUUGGUUUCUCGAAAAGUUCUUUAUUCAUGUGU